UAUUCGCGAUUGGGGCGCUGUCUCAUCUUUCACGUACAAUAAUUUCAAAAUCACGUAAAACCUAUUUGGAGAUAAUCAAAAAUAGUACUCUGCCUCUCACUCUCUUAUAAACUUGCGGUGCUUUCUCCCUCUGAUUCAUUCUUUGCCCAUUAAUGACAGAGCUCAUGGCUGAACUUGAUCAGAGUUUUAUUGAGCAAGAGCAUAAUGAAGAGCAAGAGCAAGAGCAAAAGCAAGAGCAUAAUGAAGAGCAAGAGCAAGAGCAAGAGCAAGAGCAAGAGCAAGAGCAAGAGCCAGAGCAUAAUGAAGAGCAAGAGCAUAAUGAGCAAGGACAAGGACAAGGGCAAGGGCAAGGGCAAGGGCAAGGGCAAGGGCAAGGGGAAGGACAAGAACAAGAACAAGAAAUAGAACUUGAAGAUGUGGAUGUAUAUGAACAUGAAUUCGAAGAUGGAAUACCAGAGAAUUCACAUCCUGAUGAUAAACUAGAUCUCGGAGAUGAUUCAGUUGCUGCAGAGGGUGAGAAAUGGCCUGGGUGGCCUGGAGAGAGUGUUUUCAGGAUUUUGGUGCCUGUACAAAAGGUUGGUAGUAUAAUUGGACGUAAGGGGGAGUAUAUUAAAAAAACAUGUGAAGAGACAAAAGCUCGGAUUAAGGUUCUUGAUGGUCCUCCAGGGACGAGAGAAAGAGCUGUUAUGGUAUCUGCCAAGGAAGACCCUGAUGUUUCACUUCCAUCUGCAGUAGAUGGUCUACUUAGGGUCCACAAACAGGUUCUGAAUGGGCUGGAAAAUGAUUCUUCUCAUGCUCCAGCAGGUGUAGGGAACAAGGUAUCAACAAGGCUACUUGUACCGGCUGCACAAGCAGGAAGUUUGAUUGGAAGGCAAGGCACGACGGUCAAAUCCAUUCAGGAAGAGUCUAAUUGUAUUGUUAGAGUUCUUGGACCAGGUUUUACCUCUGCUUUUCUAUAUGCUGUACUACUAUCAGGGAAUUGAAUUGCAUCUACAUUGCUUCUCUGGCUUAGCAUUAUGGUACCUUUUAUCUCUUAACAACUCAGGCAGCCCUUGACUAGAAUUUGCUCGAGUCUUUUAGUUUCCAAUUAUUUGAUUAGGGAGCCUAGCUUACCUGAUCACAGUCUUAUCCUUUCCUGAAAUUGACUUCUUCUGGCUAAUUGAAUGAGUCAGAAUCAAGUUUUUGUGUUCAAAUAUUCAACUUCAUUUGAAAUAGAGUAUCCUUCUCUUUGAAUGUCUGAUGUCUACUUUAUUUCUAAACAAAAAAAUGUAUAAUUGAAGCUGCAUUAUAUUAUUGAGUUAUAGUUUGAGGGAGACAUUAUAUUCUUGUAUACUUUCAAAAGGACUUUUACUAGAAAGUCUGAAAGUUAAGGAAUAAACAUUUCUUCAUGAUUUGACACAAAAAUAAGUAAAUUCACUCUACUGAAAAUAAAUGACGUGCUAAUUGCUAUCAAUAUGAAUUUUUGUUCGAUCAAUUUUUUGUGGCUUGGCAAGCUCACAGAGAAGGGUCUUGGAUACAUCAUGAGUCGUUCUGUAAUAAAAUGUGAUUUCUUGUUUAUCUAAUAUAUUGCUACAUGAAAAGGAGGUGAGAAACAAACACCUUCAACUAGAUCAAGUAUUGCACUUAUUUUUAGCUUUGUAACGUAGGAAGUAAGGACACUCUUGUGGGUAUCAAACAUGGAGACACUCCGAAAGGGUUGGACAUGUGAAGAGACUCCUAAUGUAAGAGCUUGGACCCAAGUCCAUAUAGACCAUUCACAUAAUUCCACUUGUGCAUGGUUUGAAAUUCCUUAUUUAUGAAGUGUUUUAUCCAAAAGCAAAAACAGAAAUUUCUUAGAACACGAUUGUUUUUUCUUUUUAAAUUUAGAAAGUCAUGUGGAUGGUGAACAUGGUGGAAAAGUUAAGGAGGGCUAGUAAGAUGGAGGAAUUCGUUGCCAAGUUUAAUGAAUCUUCCUGUGCUGUCUUGGCGCACUGUUGUGUAAACAGUCAUGACAGGUUUCUCAUGGUAGCACAGUAUGGGGAGAGGCGGCAAAGGGGGGUUGUAAUGGUGCCGGUAGGUGCAAAUGGAGAGGGAUGGGAAUCGGUUUCAUGCAUGUUCCAAGUAGUCAUUGCUUCCUUUGUGGCCAGGGACAAGGUGGUACGUCAAACAUAUGACGAAAGAAGCCGACGAGGGAUGACUUAUGCGGAAGUCACGGCAAAUGCACGGGCUUCGCAAAGUACUGAUCAGAUGGUACUGUUGCAGAAGGAACGGGUGGGCAAUGGGAGAAAUGACCCUCAUGUCGAAAUAAUGGCUCGCAUACAGGCGUUGAAAGGAAAAUUGGAUGGAUUGAUAAAGGUUGUGGAAAGUGGGUCUAUAGUGGGGUCUAGGUCAAGCUAUUGUCAUUAGUGUGGGGUGAGAUUGGAGGAGUCAGUUAAUUUGGAUGUUAAGGAGCCAGUGCCGAUAGGGGUUCCGGCUAAAGAUCAGCAGGUGUUGGAUAAGCCCUGUAGCGAGUCCCAGACGGUGUCUGAUGUGGACAUUUCUUCUAGAGAUGAGAAUCGAGAGGAGAUAGAAGGAUCGAAAAGGGGUGGAGUGGAACUAAGGAUCGAGGCAUAUCAAGGGAUGGAACCUCGGACGGAAGGAGGAGAGCAGGGCAUUAUGAAUAUUACCUCAGAAGUUUUGGAAGCGAACAGAGUUAUUUGUUCUACGAUCGUGGGGUCAUUAGACACGAUUCCACUUGUAAAAGGAUCGAUGCAUGAUGAUGUGCAAGAAGUUGGACUUGAACUGGGUGAACACUCAGGGUCGGCACUUGAAGACCAGCAUGGGAAAACAUGCCCGGCCACUAAGGGAGUGAACACCUAUAGCAGGCGAAGCGCUAAGUCUUCGAAUGAAUGGGGUCUAGAGAAUGAUAAUGCGUUGGUGGUGUGAAUGGGUGGCGCUGAGAAAGGAAACACAGAUAAUGUUGCUGAACAGGUGGAGAAAGAGGAGGGACACUACUACGAUCCUAUUUAUGCUGAUGAGAUAACGAAAGUUAGUGCACUUCACGUCAGACCACCACCUUCUAAUUGGGUUCUUCAAAGAAUUCUGGAUUUUAGCAAGAUGGUAGGAGUGUCCUGUAAUGGGUAUGAAGAUAGGCUCUUACAAUUGUUUGAGGAUUUGGAGGCUAGCAAGGGACAAGGGAUGGGGACGCCAGGAGGUAAGACGAGAAGUAAGAGCGUUCGUGAGUUUAGGCGGCUUGAAUGCUCAAUUAACUAUGAUAUUAAGGGCGGCGAGUCGAGUAGAGGCGUGAUGGGGAGGGAUGAUGAAGUUUUAAGAUGAUUCUAAAAAUAAUUAGUUGGAACGUACGUGGGCUUAAUGAACUAGGGAAAAUGUUAGGAGUUCGAAAUCUAUUGAGGAAAUGGAGGGCCGACCUUGUAUGUUCACAAGAAACAAAGGUGGAGGAUGUGUCAAGGGAUUUUGUGAGUAGCCUAUGGGGGGACAGCAUGUGGGGUAUCAGUUUGCAGGGUCCUCGGGGGCCUCGAGAGGUAUACUGAUAAUGUGGGACACCAGAGUCUUUGAUAUGGAGGAGGUUAGCGAAUGUCUGUUUUUUCUAUCGAUCUCAUUUAGAAAUAUCGAGGAUAGCUUCCGGUGGAUGUUCGUAGGAGUUAAUGGGCCUAAUGUAGAUGAGCAUAGAAGUGGAUUGUGGGUUUAAUUGGCUGGUAUGAUGGCUUGGUGGAACCUUCCAACGUGUAUCGGGGGAGAUUUUAUUAAUUCGUUUUACUACUGAGAGGUCUAGUAGGGGGAGAUUAACAAGGGCUAUGGAGGACUUUUCAGAUUUUAUCAGGGAGAACGCGCUGGUGGAUCUGCCUAUGAUUGGGGGGAGACUUUACUUGGUCUUCUCGUCGGGAUCAACCUAUCCUAUCCCGAAUAGAUUGGUUUUUGGUAUGUGGAGCAUGGGAGGCUAAGUAUCCAGAGGUCAUUCAGAGGAGAAUGGAGAGAUUGUAUUCUGAUCAUUUCCCUAUAUCGUUAUCUGGGAAUGUGAGGCGUGCUAGAAAAAAACCUUUUAGGUUUGAAAAGAUGUGGCUUAAGGUAGAUGGUUUUGGGGAACGAGUACGGACUUGGUGGAUGUCUUAUGACUUCAGGGGAUCUCCCAGUUAUGUGUUGGAUUGCAAAUUGAAAGCGUUGAAAAUAGAUCUAAAGAGGUGGAAUGAGGAAUUGGUGGGAGAUGUUAACCAUUGCAAAACUCAAUGCUUAUCGGUCAUUGAGGAGCUGGAUAGGAGGGAGGAAAGUAGAGGACUGACAGGGGAAGAGAGGGUGACACGAGGAGAAUUAAGGGAAGAAUUGGAGAGGUUGGUGGAGAUGGAGGAGAUUACUUGGCGUCAGAAAUCUAGGAUCAAGUGGUUGAAAGAGGGGCACAAAUGCACCCGCUUUUUCCAUAGGGUUGCGAACUUCAAUAGGCGCAACAAUUCUAUUAAUAUGUUGAAGGUAGAAGGCGUUACCUUUGAGGAUCUACAUGAGAUCGGGACCCAAAUGGUAAGCUUAUAUCAGAACCUGUAUCAGGAGCAGUUUGACUGGAGGCCAGAAUUGGAAGGGCUUGAGUUUUCUUCUAUAUCUGAGGAGGAAGCCAGCUAGUUAGAGAGGCCUUUUGGGGAGGAUGAAAUUAGGGAGGUGGUGUUCAGCAUGAAUGAUGAUAAGGCGCUAGGAUCGGACGGAUUUUCAUUCUCGUUUUAUAAGACUUGUUGGGAAGUGGCUCGAUCGGACAUUGUCGAAGUCCUUACUUAUUUCUUCAAUGUGGAAGGUUCUUGAGAAGUGCCAAUGCUACAUUUAUUGUGAUGAUUCCAAAAAAAUGGGAGUGACGGAUAUUAAAGACUUUCGUCCUAUUAGCCUUGUGAGCGGUAUCUACAAGAUUAUUGCGAAGAUUUUGACAAAUAGAUUGAAGGAGGUGCUGGAAAAAGUGGUGUCCAAGUUUCAGAAUGCUUUCAUUAAAGGACGCCAGAUUUUGGAUUCAGUACUUAUAGCAAACGAAUGCAUUGACUUAAGAUUGCGCCUGGGUGUUCUUGGACUGCUAUGUAAGCUUGACAUUCAGAAAGCUUAUGAUUACGUAAAUUGGAGAUUUCUCUUGUAUAUGCUCAGGCGAUGUGGCUUUGGGGAUUAGUGGUGUAAGUGGAUUCAAUUUUGCAUCUCCACAGUUUCUUUUUCAGUUUUGGUGAAUGGCAUUCCGGAGGGUUUUUUUCGUAGUAGCAGAGGUUUGAGAUAAGGGGAUCCUUUAUCCCCGUUGCUGUUUGUCAUUGUAGUGGAGGCUUUCAGUAAGAUGCUUGAGAAGGCUGUGGGGGAGAGUUUACUAAGGGGCUUGGGGGAGAGUUUACUAAGGGGCUUUAUGGUUGAGCAGUUACAGGUAACUCAUUUGUUUUUCGCAGACGACACACUGAUUUUCUGUGAUGCAGAGGUAGAGCAAAUCAGGAAUUUGCGACGUUUGCUCUUGUGCUUUGAAGCUGUAUCUGGAUUGAAAAUUAAUUUGGGGAAAUCUGAAGCUAUCACAGUAGGAGAGGUGGAUAAUAACAUGGUGGAGUUGGCUGCUAUACUAGGAUGCAGGGUUGCGCGACUGCCUAUGACAUAUCUUGGGCUGCCUUUAGACGCUCGAUUUAAAAGCACACAUAUCUGGAAUAGUAUUAUUGAAAGGGUGGAGAGAAGGCUUGCGGGGUAGAAGCGUAUGUACCUCUCAAAGGGAGGUUGUCUUACUCUCAUAAGGUCCACAUUGUCGAACCUCCCUACUUACUUCAUGUUGUUGUUUCCUAUUCCUAUUGCAGUGGCAAAAAGAUUGGAGAGGAUCCAAAGGUAUUUUCUUUGGGGAGGAUUAGGGCAGGAGAGGAAAUUACACUUGGUUAAUUGGGGUAUCGUAUGUUCUCCCAUGAGGUUGGGUGGUCUCGAAUUGAGGAGUCUCGUAUUGUUUAAUAAAGCUUUGUUGGGUAAGUGGUUGUGGAGAUUUGGAACGGAGAGGGGGAGUUUUUGGAGAGAAAUUACAGGAGCAAAAUAUGGUGUUAUGGAGGGGGGAUGGUGUUUAGUCAAGAGUCGAAGCUCUUAUGGGGUGAGUCUGUGGCGGUAUAUCCGGCGAGAGUGGAGUGAUUUUCGAGAUAAAUUGACGUUUGUAGUAGGGAAUGGUAAUACUAUCAAUUUUUGGGAUGAUUGUUGGUGUGGAGAUCAACCACUAAGAUUGAAAUUUCUUUCCUUGUAUCGUAUUGCAUUGUAGCCGUCUGCCAUGGUGAAUGAUGUUCUAGAUAUUUAUAAUGGGAAUAUCAUCUGGAACAUUGCUUUUGCACGAGGUUUGCAGGAUUGGGAGUUAGACGACUACGCGCUGUUUUUGACAUCUUUAUAUGAGGUAUAAAUUAGGGCAGGAGAUGGUGAUUGCAACAGGUGGAGGUUGGCACAGGAUGGCAUGUUUUCAGUCGGCAUUUUCUUUAAAUCUUUAUUGGGACCUGAGACCAGCUCUUUCCCUUGGAAGGCGGUGUGGAAGAGUAAGUUGCCACCACGAGUAGCAUUUUUACUAUGGAUAGUGGUCAGAGGACAGGUGCUGACGGCAGAUAACCUAUGGACUAGGGGUUUUUGUAUUACAGAGUGGUGCUUUAUGUGUCAGAGGAAUGGGGAGACGAUCGAUCACUUGUUCCUCCAUUAUGAUGUUGCUAGUUUACUAUGGAAUGAAAUUUUCGCAUCGCAACACAUAGAUUGGGCGUUGCCAAGGCGUAUGGAAGACGUGUUAAAGGCAUGGAGGAGAAAAUUUCGCGACAAGGAUAGCAGACUUGCAUGGGAGCUUAUUCCGGGCUGCAUAGUUUGGUGUGUGUGGAGAGAAAGGAACUGUCGAUACUUUGACGAUCAAACAAGAACAACAGAGCAACUUAGAGAAUUGUUUUAUUUCACAUUGUACACUUGGUUUAAUGCGGUGGCUACUAGUCAUAUAGAUGGGUUGCCCAAUUUUAUGUCAUUUCUUACGGAUUUGUACUAAUAAUACACUUCCUGUGUAUUAUGGUUUGAUUAAUAAAAUACUUGAUUACCAUUCCAAAAAAAAAAUAAAAAAUAUGUUGGUACUGUAUGGAACUGUUAGAUGAUUAUUACACAAGUCCAGGCUAUUCAAGUAGAAAUGGUCACACGAGGUAGGGUGUUCUUGGUAUGACUUGCAAAGACCCGAGCUGGAACAACAGGCCUUGGACAUAUAUUGGAUCUAAACUAUAGACUGAAAUGCUUAAAACUUAUUUUGCCGAAUACUAGCUGCCCAAGUCAUUAUGAGCAAUUUACAUAAUGCAUCUUAUUAACUUAGCAUGGAGUAUAAACUUAUAAUAAUUCUGCUAUUUUGCCAAUCUUGGACACGCUGGGAACCAUGAAGGACACGGGUGUUACAACGUAACUUUCAUUAGAAAAACAUGAGUUACAUUUUAAUAUGAUAACCUUCUAGGUUCUAUUGAGGAUGAAAAAGUGGAAGAAGAAUUAAGCCUCUGUUUUAUUCCCAUUCAUUAAAACUUAAUUUUCCUCAAAUUUCAACCAUACAUUUUCUCAAUAAAAUUUUCCUCAUGUUUAACACACAUUCUUCAAAAAAUCUUUAUUUCAAAAGCUAUUCUCCCAGAAAUGGGGCUCAAACAAACCCUAAAUAUGUUAGAAAAGGAUGUGGUAAAUAGUGAUUACCAAAGAUUUAAAAUUCCUCUGAUAUCUGUGCACUCUUCCAUCAACUAAUUGUUUUUAUCACAUCUUGAGUAAUCCAAUUUAAAGCUACAAACCAAUUUAUAGUUUUCUUUUUUCUUUUCUCUAUUACUGUAAAUAUGUUCAACUCGUGUAUUAAGUUUUUCUAUCUCGAUAAAAAAAAAAA